ACUAUGGACAGAAUUCAAAUGGACAACUCCACCAACAGUUACAACUCUUCAGAUGGCCAUCUGGUCACACACAGCCUGUGGGAGAUUGUCACUAUUGCAACAGUCUCAGCUAUAGUAAGCUUGGUCACAAUAACUGGAAAUGUUCUAGUGAUGAUCUCCUUCAAGGUAAACAGUCAACUGAAAACUGUCAAUAACUACUAUCUACUAAGCCUGGCUGUUGCUGACCUUAUUAUUGGUAUUUUUUCCAUGAAUUUAUAUACUUCCUAUAUACUCAUGGGGUAUUGGUCACUGGGUAGCCUUGCAUGUGACCUCUGGUUAGCUAUGGACUAUGUGGUCAGCAAUGCAUCGGUUAUGAACUUGCUAGUAAUUAGCUUUGAUCGUUAUUUUUCCAUUACAAGACCGUUGACCUAUAGAGCUAAGAGAACACCUAAGCGUGCUGGGAUCAUGAUUGGAUUGGCUUGGCUUGUGUCCUUAAUCCUGUGGGCACCUCCAAUAUUGUGCUGGCAAUAUUUUGUAGGCAAAAGAACAGUACCUGAGAGACAAUGUCAAAUCCAGUUCUUCUCAGAGCCAGUGAUAACAUUUGGAACAGCGAUUGCUGCGUUUUACAUUCCAGUUUCUGUCAUGACCAUCUUGUACUGUCGGAUUUAUAAAGAGACAGAAAGGAGGACUAAAGACCUGGCAGAACUCCAGGAAGUCAACCACUCCAUAGACUCUGACAUUACAAAUAAGUCUCAGACACCCAUAAUGAGGUCCUUCUUUACUACCACCCCUAGAAGGCAGAACCAGAUAUCCUGGGCAUCCUCCUACCAAAACAACCCUUCUAAAUUUGCCACCACCUUUAAAGAAGAGUGGUCUAAAACUGGUCACGUUCCCACUUUUGCCAGCUAUGGAUCUUCUGAAGAGGAAGAAUGUGCUCCUGGAGUCCUGGUGGUAUACAGGAACCAUGCUUGCAGGGAGAAAAAUACUGUUCUGUCCAAUAAUGGUGAGGAAGAAAAUUUCUUCUUAUCCCAAGGUAAAAACAAUCCCCCAAAAUGCAAAAAGUGUAUUUCCUAUAGAAACAACUCUACACAGACUAAAAAACUUAAUUCCAGAGCAGCAAAGUCCAUGCUGUCUAUGGCCAAGUCAAUGAACAUGCAGUCCACAGCUUUGUCAUCUAACCCUAACAAUCCUCCACUGAAGAGCCAGAUAACCAAGCGCAAGAGGAUGGUCCUGAUCAAAGAAAGAAAGGCAGCACAGACUCUUAGUGCUAUUCUGCUGGCCUUCAUCCUCACAUGGACACCUUACAACAUCAUGGUGCUUGUCUCCACCUUCUGUUCAGAUUGCAUACCUCUGUCCUUAUGGCACCUGGGCUACUGGUUAUGCUACGUCAACAGCACUGUCAACCCAAUGUGCUAUGCUCUCUGCAACAAAACCUUUCGAAAGACCUUCCGAUUGCUUCUCUUAUGCCAGUGGAAAAGGAAGCUAGAGGAUAAACUUUGUUAAAAUGGAAUAACUGCUGUCGAUUUUAUAAACCAUUUUAAAUUAGUAAUUAUUAGUACCUAAAAGCAUGUACAGA